AACCACCUCUCCGCUCCGCUCCCUUCUUCUUCUCGCCAUGGCUCCCACUACCCGGGAUCCUGAGGCUCUCGCCGUCCACCACGACUCCGACAUCAUGGCUGAUGAUCUGGCCGAGAAGAAGAUCUCCGCCCAUGAAUCCCCCCCGGAAAAUGACCCUUUUGGCAAUGAGGAGUGUGGUGAGGUCAAGUACCGUGUCAUGAAAUGGUGGCACUGUGGUAUAUUGAUGAUCGCGGAGAAUAUCUCCCUGGGAAUUCUGUCCCUGCCGUCGGCCGUGGCGACUCUCGGAAUUGUCCCCUCCAUCUUCCUCAUCUUAGGCUUGUCUGGCAUUUCCUGGUACACUGGCUAUGUCAUCGGCCAGUUCAAGCUGCGCUAUCCCCAAGUCCACAGCAUGGGUGAUGCAGGAGAAAUCCUCUUUGGCCGCAUUGGCCGCGAAAUCCUAUUCUUCGGCCAAUUGCUGUUCUGCAUCUUUUUGAUGUCCAGUCACAUUCUCACUUUCACCGUGCUGUUCAACACCAUCACUGGUCAUGGCACCUGCACCAUCGUCUUCGGUGUCGUCGGUUUGGUCGUCAGCUUCAUCGGUGCCCUGCCUCGCACCAUGGGCAAGGUGUAUUGGAUGUCUCUUGCCUCUUGUACCAGUAUCACAGUUGCCACGAUCGUCACCAUGGUGGCCAUCGCCGUGCAAGCACCUGAUCAUGUUCAGGUUGACAUCACCACCCAUCCUAGCUUCUCGACCGCUUUCCUAUCAGUAACCAACAUCGUCUUCGCCUUCAUUGCUCACGUGGCCUUCUUCGGAUUUGCCUCGGAAAUGGAGGAUCCUCGCGACUUCCCCAAGUCGCUGGCUAUGCUGCAGGUCACCGAUACGACCAUGUACAUCGUCACCGCCAUGGUCAUUUACCGCUACGCCGGUCCGGACGUUGAUUCCCCGGCUCUGUCCUCUGCCGGUCCGCUGAUGAGCAAGGUUGCAUACGGCCUUGCCAUUCCUACUGUGAUCAUUGCCGGAGUUGUGUUCGGUCAUGUCGCGUCCAAGUAUAUCUACGUCCGCGUCUGGCGCGGCUCUCCCCAGAUGCACACCAACAGUCUUUCGGCUGUCGGAUCCUGGGUCGCCAUUGCACUGGGCGUGUGGGUGAUUGCUUGGGUCAUUGCCGAGUCGAUCCCCGUCUUCAAUGAUUUGUUGAGUUUGAUCAGUUCUCUCUUCGGCAGUUGGUUCAGUUACGGACUCCCUGCCAUGUUCUGGUUGGUCAUGAACCGUGGACAGUAUACUGCCUCGCCCAGAAAGAUUUUUUUGACCAUUGUCAACCUCGUCAUCUUUGCAAUUGCCUGCGCUAUUUGCGGAUUGGGUCUUUACGUCUCUGGCAAGGCCAUUCACGACAGCUCUUCCUCUGCUAGCUGGACGUGCGCCAACAACGCCUCCACCUAAGGGUGGGUUGAGUCCUUCCGGUACCCGGCGGAUUCUUCACGGGAUCCACACUCGUCUCCCUCUCUGCUAAUCUCCCAGAUCGAGCUGGGCUGUUCUGGGGUAUUCGACUUUGCGGUUUUGAAUUGGUGUUUAAUGGGUCAUUUUCGAUGAGUUCCGAGGAAUGGUUUUUCAUGUCAUGAUUUUGUUUUGCGUCUAUGGUUUGGUUUUCUCCUCUAGCCGGCAUCUACUCGUACCUACUACCUGUUUGUUCAUUGCAUGUUAUUUCCCUCCCCCCUGUGUACGGAAUGUAUAUACUACUGCUGCCAUUAUCAACUACGACUAUGACUACUACUCUAUCCUGGUUGGUCCACUCGGUGGGUG